CUGACACUGUUCGGGAGUUUGUUUGUAAACAAGCAAGUUCCAGCACAUCGCAGGAGCAACGCAUCCGAAAACAGCAACGGGAGAUGGCUGAUCUGCGCCUAUUCUCACGCACGUUCAUUACCGAAUUUAUUGAGCUGUACAAAAGCUAUCCCUGUCUGUGGCAGGUGAAUGCGAAGGAAUACACGGACCGCACGAAAAGGAAGGCCGCUUAUGAUGCGCUGGUCACGAAGUACCGUGAGGUCGACAAAGCGGCAAGCAAGGAUGAGGUGAAGCGGAAAAUAUAUGGUCUGCGAUCGAGCUACCGGCGCGAGUUGAUCAAACUGAAGAAGUCCAUCCGAUCGGGAGCCACCCUGGACGAUGUGUACAAGCCGUCGCUGUGGUACUUUUAUUUGUUCGACUUUUUAAACGAGCAGGACACCAUCAUGAAGGAGCCCACGAGUACAACGGACGAGUGCCAGGAUGUGUUGAAGGAAGAAGUAAUAGAAUACGACGAAGAAUUUGAUCUUAUCGAGCAUUAUGAUGAUGGGCUCGAUGUCGAUGAGGAUCAUCAUGAGCUGGACGAUGUUAGUUCCGACACUGAUAAUGACGACGACACGAUCGAUCCCACUAACUGUGACACAUUGUCCGAGUAUACGUCUGUUUCACGCCGGUCAUCCACUGCACCCAGCACGUCACAAACAUACUUUACGUCUAAAAAACGAAAGCUAACACCAGCGAGACCUGAUGCAAACCAGAAAGAAGAUCAAGCUCGGAUCGAAAUUGCUGCAGUGCACACCAAGGAGCAGCCCAAUGCUACUGCCACGACGAUAAACAGCAGCCAUCAGGAAGAUCAAUUCGAUGUGUAUGGCAAACUCAUAGCGCAUAAGCUGCGUUCAUUCGACAAGCUACAGGUUACCUUCUCGCAGCGGCUCAUCAAUGAGAUUCUGUACGAAGCCGAAAUGGGUUUCCUGACUCGAAACUGUAAGGUGGUCGAUAUGGGCAGCCAUGGGCAGGACGAGUAGAGCUUUUUUUUUACUAUAUUACGAUAUUACGUCGGGGAAAUUACGAAAAGGAUGUAAUCGCAAUUAGCACAACAGUGUUCUGCGAUGAGCGGUAUUAGUAUCAGUCGCAUUUUCUUUUACUUUGAAUAGGGUUAGACAUAAAUAUGAUUUAUUAUCCGUUUAUGUAAGGAAUUCUCACAAUAACCGGACAGACACUAUUCCGUUACACUUACAAAUGGAGAAAUUUAAAAUAAACCGCCAGAGAGCUUAGAGUUUCGUGCAGUUUAAUAUGGUACACAAUUAAA